AUCUUAACUUUUAACUUGAUUCAGAGAGACGAGUAGUAAGUAGUAAGUAAACAAGUGAGCAGCCCAGCGACUUUAACUACAGCCAGAGAGGAGUGGGGGGUUUUAACCUUCACAGCAGGUGAGCGACUCCCUUUCGAAGAAGAAGAAUAAGCAGCAGAGGAAGAAGAGGAAAAUGGCAAAUUCCGGUCUGCAGAUGCUGGGCUUCGCCCUGGCCCUGCUGGGAAUCAUUGGACUGAUCAUUGGGACCAUUCUGCCGCAGUGGAAGAUGUCCUCCUAUGCCGGGGACAACAUCAUCACGGCGAUAGCCAUGUACGAGGGGCUGUGGAUGAGCUGCGCCUUCCAGAGCACCGGGCAGAUCCAGUGCAAGGUGUACGACUCCAUACUGCAGCUCAACGGUGCCCUCCAGGCAACCCGCGCCCUCAUGAUCAUCGCCAUCAUCGUUUCGCUGGCUGGUCUGGGUGUAGCAUGCAUGGGAAUGAAGUGCACCAACUGUGGAGGAGAUGACAAAGCGCGCAAGUCCAAGAUCGCCAUGACUGGAGGCAUCAUCGUCCUGAUUGGAUCUUUGUGUUCCGUUGUUGCCUGCUCUUGGUACGCUCACGACAUCAUCCAGGCCUUCUACAACCCUUUCACCCCUGUCAAUACCAAGUACGAGUUUGGAUCUGCCAUCUUCAUCGCCUGGGCUGGAGCUUUCCUGGCCCUAAUUGGAGGUGCCAUGCUGGCAGCGUCUUGCCCACGGGGCAAAUCCACAUCUCCGAAGUAUCCCAUCUCCAGACCCCCCAGCAGCAAGGAAUACGUUUGAACGGGACUGGGAUUCAAUGAAAGGACACUUUGACAUUUGUGCUUGACCAACUCUGAGAUUUUAACAACGUCGAAAAAUAUGUAUCCAGCAGGUGGCAAUCAGUACCGUUUGUUUUUAAUUUGUAUUUUAGUUUCUUCAAGGCUACCCUGUGAUGUUACUGAAAUAUUAUUUUAACAGACUCAUUCAAGUUUUUAAAUAUAUAAGCAGUUUACUUCUAAAAAUGCGCUCACUGUCUUUGCCUUUUCCGGAACUGCAGAGUGACACAAUCCAGCUAACCCCUGUAAUGCUCUAAGUUGUUCAACCGGUAUGCAGUACAUAUUUUCACAUGCUGCAUGCUAGAGUGUGCUCUGCAUUAAUGGAGAAUGCAAUGUGUUAGGAAAAUAGUUUGCAUGCACUGACCAGAGAUCAGAUACGUCAGUGGUGAACUCUACAGCCAUUUUAUUCCUGUUUAGGCUACAUGCCUAACAAUGUGCUCCCAUUUAUUCCCAUGUUGGUGCCCUCUUUAUAUGAACAAGACAUUCACAAGUUCAGACAAUUUUUUUUUAUAAUCCAAAUGCUGCCGUGAAACUUUGAAUAUAUAAAUUGCAACUUACUGAUUCCAUUUUAUUGCCAAUAUCAAACAGCGUGACAAAUGAUGUAAGCCAUUUCUCCACUCCUUUUGCAAUGAUUACUGUUUGUGUAAAAUUUUUAUUUUAUUUACAAUAACUCUCACUGCACCCAUCAAAUUCUCAGUUUUUAAAACUUUGUAACAUGUGAUUUGUUGUGUUUCUUGUCUUUUUGUUGUACAUAAAAUAAAAGUGAAAAAUACACUGUU